UUGCGUUCGCGAUGUAAGAAUAAAACAUGCAGUAUAUCAAGGGAAUGCCAUUAGAAAGAUCGAAAAUGUGUGUGGUCUUGAAGAGGCUGCGGUGUACGAUUUCAAGGAAGAUCAAAUCCGAACAUAAAGUUGCGUAGUUUUAGGAUUUUCAACAGUCAAAUGAAAUAUUUACGACCGUCACAGACUCACUGGCCCAUCGUCGCAUGUGACGUUUGGUCAUUCAACACACCGCGAGCGGCCUGCACUGGCGCCAUUUUUGCAGCGCUGCUUCCGUUUGCUAGCGUUACGCCAGCAUCACACACGUCAGCCAUGCAGCGGCGCUUGUCGUGGGUACGCUCUCGCUGCGAUGAACCGAACGGACGCGCUGGUGCCAUCCCGCUCACGCAUCUGACUGGCAAAACUGCCAGAACGAGAGCAAAACAGCGAACGAGACCGGAGAGGAUGGCUGAUGAAAUACUCUGAAACGCUCGACCGAAAUCGAAAUUUGCAGUGAGCAGGAGCGGAGACGAUCAUGUUCACUCAUGUGAGAUCAGCCCAUCGGAAAGGAGGUAAAAGCGCAGCGCAUUUUUUCGUUCCUUCCGAAAUCUGGAAAUUUUCCUUGCUGUUGGCUUUCGGUGUACGAUUUUAAACGAUAUUUUGCGUGGUUAGUGCUGGCAAGUGUUAAAAGCUGAACAUUUCGAGGUGUGGAAUAGUGUAAUGAAGCGUUUUCAACGCUCCGUUUAAGUUGAAAUUUCCCAAAUGUGAAAUGCGCUUCCUGCUUGGAUCGUUUUUUUUUUCUUGGCACUAGUGGAAUAGUGAGGAGACCAGCAGUAGAAAAGUGAGUUCCCGAAUUAUGAUGCGUUUCGUAACGGUGAGAAGUGAUAGCACAAGCGUAUGUAGUAGUGCUGCGGGGUGGCAAUCGCUCUGUACGAAGCAGCAGCGGGCGAGCGGGAAGAAUUUGUAAUUCAUCGCAACAUCGGAGCUAUCGCUGCACUGUCUGCAGUCGGUUACGAAUUGCGCGAGGCCGAGAAAUCGGACGACUCCCAUUUUUUAUCUAAAUUUUCAGAAAGGCAAUUUUCGAGAGGUGUGAAAUUACGUAGCUGUUAUUUGGAAUGGCGGUGUGCUUUUGAAAGUAUAGUGAGUGCUUUGUUCAAUAGAUUCAAUAAGAAGUGAAGCGAGUGAAGGUAAAAAUCGAAAUUUUCAACAGCGCAAGCGACGGAGAAAAAUGAACAAGACGUAUAGCAAGCAUUAGCAGACACCACGGUAGAGGAAAAUAGUACAGAAUUAAUAUCGUGGUGUUGAUGAGCUGUGCAUCAUUGUAUGGAUUUGCCAGUAUCGAGUUAUGUAGUGACUACUUUGGGCCGCCGAAAAAGGGAUUCCACUAAACAAGUGCAUGGUGUUCGAGUGCGUACGGUGGUGUAUGCGCAAAAUUGCUUUACCCGGCUUUUCGGUUGCUGGACCGGCCAGCGCAGGUGGGAGUCAAGUGGUGUACCAAAGUUACUUUAACUCAUACGUUUUCCGUCGUAGUCUGCUUUGGUAUUCGUGAAUGUGUAGAGAGCAAGUGAAAUUGAUGAAAAGGUAGGAAAGAAGUUGAUAAUGUGUAGCCAGAGAAGACAGAAGAAAUAGUUAUAGAAUGUGGGCCGAUAAUAGUACACAGUGAAAUAGUGAAAAAAUAUCAACAUCACAUCACUUGCGAAGUUAGCAUUCAAUGCAUUUGAUUGUGCAGAAAACAGGAUUGACGUAGUAUAGUACGCCAAGAUACGUGCGUGUGUUGUAUGUUUCAAUUUUAUUUUCGCGGUAGUCUGCAAAUGAGUGAAUGGGACUAGCGCGCCUUGCAGCAAACGUGAUCAAAGUACCCGAUGCAGUUGAUGAGAUGGCUCCCGCUCUUACCGAGCCGCUGAGCCAAAGCAAACUCUCAUCGUCGGCAGUAUCUGGGGCAUCUCCGCGAACCGGUGUGGAAACAAAUAGUCAGCAGGAAGCAUCAAGCAGUGCCAGUACAGACUCCGGAAACGGGUCCUCUUCAACUAUUCCCAGUGAGACCGACGUCUUUCUUAGGGAUACCGAAGCACCACCUACCGAGCUCGAGCAAACGGAGGACGACAUUCAAAAUAACAACAGCGGUGGGCAACUAUUAAAAAUUGAUCCGGAGAGUGGAAAAGAUCUCAUUGAGCUUGCUCUGGAGCAGCUCCAUCGAGAUGAAACUACUGGAGAACCGGUAACUACUGAAGUUGCAGCUAGUGGAAGUACUCAUCCUGAAACCGAUAUUUCACAAGCAGUCAUCGAUCAAAUAUCGCAGGUGGCUUCAACAAGCGAAACAGUCGCCCCAACUAGCGAAGUGCAUGGUGACCAACAACUUGAUUCGCAAUCGUCAAUCAUUUCCAGCUCCAGCACCGCUAUGGGAUUACAGAAGGAUUACCUUAAAGAUAAUCCCGACAUGGAACAAAUGCUUGGAGAACUGGCAUCCACCUCGGAUAUGGAUUUGCUACAAGUAUUCAAAAGUCUAGAAGGUAACCCUAGCGGAGAUGGUUUCUGUGCAGAACUGGCCGGUGGACUUUCGCUCUUCAACGAUGUCGACGUGGUGAAUAUUUACGAAGAAGUUGCUCAAGCAACUCCUCCGAACAAAGAUCGCGAGCGAUUAGAAAUGCACGCUGAAAUCGUUAAACGACAAUCUCAAAUGCAACGAAAAUAUGAUUUUCUUAUUCGUCGUCUAAACAAACUGCAAGCUCGAUAUAUGGGCCAACACGUGAGCGAAGAAAUUGCGGGUUUGUUUGAAUACUCUCAGCGGUAUUGGAAGAAAAAAGACAAAGAACAUGCCAAAGGCCUUGGCACCUCGGCCACCGUUUCACCAACUUCUCUCAUUCCGGACAUUAUUCCUUUUCAACCUCAUCCACCAUCGACUACCGAUAAGCUGAAGCCUAUUUCAGCAAAUGCGAUGAAAACUUUCGCUAAGCGCUUAGAAGGAAUAGCAACCACGCAGUGUUCGACGCAAGCUAAGCGAAUAUACAGUAAUCGGUACUUCCAGGGUACCAGCAGCAGCCCAGCAGAAGCAAGUGGAGUUUCCACUCCGCUCAACUAUACCUCGCCCACGACAACAAUACCGAAGUUUGAGGACCCAACUAUCGACCAGUUGGAGCAAACAGCAGGCCUACUACAUUCGGAACUGCACCAAAUACAAAACACAAUCGAUUCGGAAGCAACGGUCAGCAGUUCUGGAGGUGAAUCAGCCGACGAAAUGCUCUUGUACAACAAUCAGAACCAGCACUCUUUAACGAUUUCCAAACGCGCAGCCUGGCGAUGGGCUAAGGACCGAGCCUCAGUAGCAGCCCGAUGGACCUGGCUGCUGGCGCAAAUAUCGGAUCUAGAGUAUCGCAUCCGGCAGCACAAUGAGCUGCAUAACAAAAUUAAAAUCAACAAAGGCGCGGUUACACUGGAAAACGGCCAAUCACAUCCAUCACAACCUCCCUCGCAGCAGUCGGUGAAUGGUUACCGGGGAACACUCCCAGGCAAUAACAAACCCCUAGACGAUAGCUACGAUUCGGCCAAUCCUGGAAGUAGUUCUGCGCCGAAUGGUGCAUACGAUCAGAAUAGUGGCAGUAGCCGAACGCGUCCUUUCCAUCGCAACGGAUUUCGCAAAAGGAAGUUGCUGCAAACUGCAAAUCUGCACACAAUUUCCAAGAAAGCCGCUCGGCCCAGUACCGUAAAAUGUGGCUGUGCCUGGCCGUUACACCCUUGUGCGCUAUGUACCGGCCGGCAGGAUCCCACAGCGCCUAGAGACCUCCCUGACACGAUGCCGGCAUCGGAGCGAGUUGCACUGCUAGAUCCAUGCUUUCAUCCUGUGCUAAGUUUUCCUGAAGAUGUUUCCCAUGGAAUUCACUUCGAAGCAAUUAUGCGAAUACCAGACUGGCAAAACAAAAUGAUCCGCAGUACAGCUAAGGCACUUAGCAGGAGCGUAGCUAUUUCUCAGAAGGCGACCGCUGGCGGUGGCUUAAGUUCCACACCCGGUGGCGUAUUGCCGUCCAGUGCCCCUCCAGCGUUCCUGUCGUCGGGCGACGAGGCAGUGCCUCAUGGUAACAAAAAAUAUGGACCUGAUGGCAAGCGGAAGUACAACAAACACAAGCACAGUUUUACAGAACUGGCAAAUCACAAAAUUAAAAAAACGAAAUCUCGUCGAAAUCUACUGCUGACAGGUACUGGCAGUGGCCGACGCAAGUCAUCAUCUGCAUAUCCUGCGGGUGGCAGCAGCAGCAACCAGUACGGGCCAAGCGCAAUCGGUGCAACACCUGGUGGUAGUUCGAACAAAUACUACAAAAGUUCCAGUAGUAAAUACCGAAAAACGUCCAACUCGUCAACGUCGGCCAUGGCAAAUACUCCUAUCGGAGGUAGUGGCGGAACGCUUAGUCGCUACAGUAGCAGCGGCGGUUUCGGCGGCACUACUUCCGGACUUGAUUAUAUGGACAAUGUUGGGCUGCAUCACGAUGGCGCUGGCAGUGGUAGUAGUCGUAGCAAAAACUCAUCGCCAACGCCAAAUCAUCAUCGAAAUGAAAGGAAAAAUCGAAACUCGUACGACAUCGAUAACAUUGUUAUCCCGUACAGCAUGGCAGCAGCAAACAGAGUGGAACUCUUGCCCUACAAAGAAAUUGUUACACCAAAAUGGCGUAUUAUCGGCGACAAUGACGAGCCCGAAAACUCGGACACUGCUGCGAAUCCGGAAACUUCCAGCACUAGUCAACCCUCCUCAGGUGAAGGUGUGGUCAAAUCCACAGAACCACAGCAUCCGUCGUUAGAAAUAAAGACAGAAACGACCUUGCCUUCACUCGCUGUUCAACAAACAGAAACAGAAAUCAAAGAGUCCGAUUUACCGACCGAAGGUCAACUAAUAGUACUGCCUUCCAUAGACGAAGAAGACAUCUCCGAGGAAACAAUUCUGAUCAAACAUGAGCGAGCACUGCAGGAUGAACGUAAAAAGUUUCGCACCUACAUGAAGUUUCCUUGGAGCAGACCUAGAGCGAAUCGCCGAACCGACAGUCGGGCGGAGUCUAGUGGAGCUAACACGCCGGAUCCAACCUCACCAGCACCACCUACUCCGCUAGUGGAUCCGGAGUCAAAUACUUCCCCUGCAUGCCCAUCGACGCCACUAAUGCAACAGGACUCACAUGAGCUGUCUGAAUCUAACGUGCUUAACGCGUUGAAUCAAAGUUUAAUUAAGAAGGAACGUAGACGCACGGUUUCAACUAAAAUAAUAAAAGAAGAACUUCCGCGUAGCAGCAGCCCCGACAUCAGAGAGGUCGUUGCGCCGUAUGAAGCACUAGAAUUUCCUCUGCCGGACGAUCUAUACGAAGAGAUGAUCCGGGCGAUGCCCAGUGACCAUCUGGCCCUGGUGGAGGACGCUAUCUGCAAAUUAUCGCGACCGAAUCGACCCAACAACAACGUGUUACUGGCGAACCGUAACAACCUGAACCUGGUUCCAUCGAGCAGUGGACUGCAUAACAAUCCACUUAGCUCAAAUAUGUCUACAACGUCAACAACACUGUCGGCUACCGAGAAUGAUUUGGACGAACUGGACAGCCAUGAUCCCGAUGAUGAUCUAAUGCAAGCAAAGAAAGUCGAGAAUCAGAUCAUCAUGGAGAAACUCCUAAAGAGCUGCGACGAGAAUCGGAUGUUCGUCGGCGUGCGUGAAGUACUGGACGAUGACGAUCCGAUGGACGACGAGGAAACCGAUACAGGGGAAUCGUUGUUCGUCGAAGAGGAUGACCCAAAUGAUCCGGAAUGGUACGAUCGACCUGGCCGCGGUCGAACGUAGGACGCACGUCCUCAGCGAAACGGCCACAUAGUUUGAUCUCGAUCACCACAGAAGUUGGUUGCGUUGUUUCGCUCUGUAUUCUUUUUUAUUAGUUGUAAGCUAUUACUGCUUUCGUUUUACUACGUUUUUACAGAAUAGGACCUAUACGAUGGCGUUGGAGAUCCAUCUUUGUACAGCAGGUAGAUAAGGGAUCACUUGUAAGUAUAAAUAUCAUUGAGGAAGAAAAAUAAAUCAGAGCAGAAUUUAAGAGCAACACUAUACUUUGUAAUUAAUAUUAUCUUUAUGACAUGCUACUGCAAGCAUAUUAAACAAAAAAAGAGAGUAAAAAAUUACUUCAUUUAGCGCAACCUAACGCUAUGUAAACCAUACAUUUUUUAGUAAUCUCUUAACACACACUGUCGGGCAUUGUUGAGAAAGAACAAGUUAUGAAUAAUAGUCACUUAACAAAAUGAAAUAUAACUAGAGCAUACGUUGUAAUAAUAACGAGAACAAACUUUAGAGAUCCCUGUGAAUAGUAAACUUGAGUAAGCAGAAAUCGAAAACUGAAAAAUACAAUACAAGAAAAAAAUAUCUGCUUAACCAUUGUAAUUGUGUACAUAUAAAUGAUCCACCAAAUUACUGUGACCCAACUUUUUAUUUUUUUUAGAUGCUUUACAAUCACACUUCCUACAUAGACCACAGCUGUAGGUUCUAAAAACAAAAUAUAUAAGAAUGAAAGCUUUUUGAUUUUCCAGUUUUCUCUACAUUUGCCAUCUGUAUUGUAAGGGCAGAAUAUUUCUAGAUUGUUUUCUGUUUUCCAAAUUUUAUUAUGCUUCACCCGGUGAGCACACGCAACGUAGCAAGUGUAGAUUUGACAGUGUUAUUCAAAUGAUUUUUUGCGUUUUCUACGAAAAGAGCAAAUAAAUUAGGUUUAUUAGUAGUCAUCGUUAAUGGUAACAUGUAAUUUAAGGCACAGCAGUAGCUCUGAAACAAUGCAGCAAGAAGGCAGAGAAUAUAAAAAAUAAAAGAAAAAGAUACGAUAACUUCUGCAGGAAUGUAUUUGUAGAGAAUAACUUACCCUUCACAAUAAAUAAAACGCUCGGCAAGGAACAUCGUCUAGUGUAGAGUAUUCCGGGCCGGGAACGUUUUAUAAAAUCACCUAAAGCAAAA